CCUAUUUUGUUUGGAGUGACGUCACCCCUUCAUAAGAACAUGCAGGUCGACCGGCAGCAGCGCUUGAACUCUCCCCCCCUCCCGGAGGCUGGACUUCACCACAGUCAUGUUCCAGGUCAGCACCGACUCCCCGCGCGCGCCGUCCUGUCAGGAUGAGGGGCUGCUGGAGGGCUUGUUGGACUCUGCCGGCUCCUGCAGGGGAGGGGGUCUCUCGCUGGCGGAGGCUCUGCUCCCCCUGGUCUCCUCUUCCUCCCCCUCCUCUCCCUCCCCCAUGAUUUGCUCCACCAGGUACAAAACGGAGCUGUGCAGCAGCUACUCCUCCAGCGGCCUCUGCAGGUACGCGGACCGCUGCCAGUUCGCGCACGGCCUCCAGGAGCUGCACGCGCCCUUCCACCACCCCAAGUACAAGACGGAGUUGUGCCGCAGCUUCCACGCCACGGGGCACUGCUUCUACGGCAGCCGCUGUCUGUUCGUGCACAGCCCCGCGGAGCAGCGGCGCGCGCCGCGGCGCCGCAGGAACGUCCCGUGCCGCACCUUCCGCGCCUUCAGGGUGUGUCCGUUCGGGUCGCGGUGCAACUUCCUGCACGUCGGAGACGCGGAGUCCGGGGACCUCCCGGAGGAGAAGAGUCCACGUGGCGGCGGGCUGACCGACGUCCGGCAGCAGCGGGCCCCGGCGUGGAGGCCCCGCGGGGCCCUGUGCCGCUCCUUCAGCGCCUUCGGCUUCUGUCUGUACGGCACGCGCUGCCGCUUCCAGCACGGCCUGCCCAGCAUGAUCCAAACCUCUGGUUCCGAGUCCCCUCACAGACCGUCCCCACGGAGCUCCUCCAUCUCCUCCUCUCCCUCUCCGCCUCCUCUCGACACCCCCUCCUCCGAGCCCCCCCACAACGCCUUCACCUUCUCCAGCCAGCACCUGAGUGACCUGAUGGUGCCGCUGGCCCUCCACCUGCAGCAGCUGGAGAGCUCCAAGGCCCAGGAGAUCUGGGACCAGAGGGCUCUCUGACCCACACUUUUAUUCUUUUACCCUUUUUAGUUUUGGAAUUUAUUUUUUUAAGCCAACGUUGUUUUAAAAUUGUUUAACAUUAGGUUAACACUUGUUGAUCUUUAUUUGUAUCUGAAAUCCUGUCAUGAAUUUAAUAUUUCUUAAUAAAUUUGGAUGCCAGUG